CAUUUGCAUGCGAUGUGCAUACCGGUUCAAACCUCCCUCCUCCCUACUCCGCCUAUCACCACCUCUAAUCAAUCCUAACUAUGCCGAUCCGAGCAGUCGCCGUUGGCCGACAUGAUGAGUUUAGGCAUCCAGAUACCAUCAAGGCCGGGGUGGCCGAGUUUAUCUCCACCCUCAUCUUCGUCUUUGCCGGUUCAGGUUCCGGCAUGGCUUUCAGCAAGCUAACCAGCGACGGCGCCGCCACCCCUACUGGCCUUGUGGCGGCUGCUAUUGCCCAUGCUUUCGCCUUGUUCGUGGCUGUCUCUGUCGGUGCCAAUAUCUCCGGUGGACAUGUGAACCCCGCCGUGACCUUCGGUGCCUUUGUUGGCGGCAACAUCACUUUGAUCCGUGGUAUUGUUUACGUGAUUGCUCAGUUGCUUGGAUCCACUGUCGCUUGCUUGCUACUCAAAUUUGUCACCAAUGACAUGGCUGUGGGUGCAUUUUCAUUGUCUGCUGGAGUUGGAGUAUCGAACGCUUUGGUCUUUGAAAUUGUAAUGACAUUCGGGCUCGUGUACACAGUAUACGCAACCGCAGUUGAUCCCAAAAAGGGUGAUUUGGGAACAAUUGCACCAAUUGCCAUUGGUUUUAUUGUUGGAGCAAAUAUCUUGGCGGGUGGGGCAUUCACCGGAGCAUCCAUGAACCCGGCUGUGUCAUUUGGGCCAGCUUUGGUGAGCUGGACAUGGGCCAACCAUUGGGUAUAUUGGGUUGGGCCUUUGGUUGGUGGUGGCAUUGCUGGGCUUGUUUAUGAAUCCCUCUUCAUCAACCAAACCCAUGAACAUUUGCCCACAAGUGCUUAAAUUAUAAAAACGAAUUCCUCAAAGUUAAGAAUGUAUUUUUCAAAAUUUGAUUUUUUUCGGUGGAUUUCGUUUGUUUGUUUAUGGUCUGUCGAUAUUGGAGUGUGAAUUACCCGUUUUGUCCCUGAUGUUGUAAAGAUCAACGGGUUUGUAUUCAUUAUUUGAUGUUUCUAUCUGUUUGUUUUAUUUACUGUUUCGGUAUAUGAAAGAUUGUUUCAGUA